AUGAAGAAAGGCACGAAAGGUGAGGUUGUUUUAAGCCCAUGUCAAAUUCAAGCAACACGUCUUAAUAGACUUGAACAUCGUCGUUUACAAAAUCGUAUUAGUUUAUUACGUAAUGAUUUGAAAAUUGAUCUUGCUCGAUUACAUCGAGAAGAACAAGGUUUAAUCUAUCAUUUUACACAUGUUGUAAAAGUUGUUAAACCAAAUCCAAAAUAUCAAUUAUGGAAACAAGAAUAUGCACAAGAUGGAAGAAAACAUUUAAUAGAAUCGGUCGAACGUAAACAAAAAUAUAAUUCAAUUACUUAUCAACUGCCACCAUCUUUAUCAGAUGAAAUUCCAUUAGAACCAUUACGUCCUUUACUUUUAUUCGCGGAUAAUGGUCGUAGAAAAUCUGUUGAUUAUAUUUUUGAUGAAAAUCAAUAUAUUCCUCGACCAACAACAUCACCAGUGAAAAAUCGAUCGAAUACUUCACAUCGAAUGAAUUCAUUAUCAUAUUUACUUGAUAACUAUUCGAAUAAUAUAAUUCAACAACCACCAUUUUAUUCAUUACCAACUAUGAAAGCAACAAAUUCACGAAAACUAAUUUCAAACAAAUUACUUAAACAAGAAAAAACAUCAAAUGUUAAUGUUCUUUAUCGAAUAACUUAA